UUCCCUUGAUGUGAACAAUGCAGUAGUUCUACCAUGCAUAUCAAUAUUAAUUAGGAAUAUCAUGAAACAAACAGUGAUAGAGUACUUUAUGUUAGUUGUUUCAAUUAAAUAUAAUGGUGUAAAAUGAAAAGUGAUGUGUAUUUCGUAUACUGACGAAAGAAAAAACAAAACACCUCAAAUGAAUCCUCAAAACAGCAAUGAGAUGGAUACUAGUUUUAUCAAAGCGAACUAUGUUUAUUUGUUUCAUAUUGUUAUUUCUAUUAUAUUUAUUUUAUGCUUUGAAUUCUUGUUUAGUUGACGAAAACAAGUUUACAAUAAAAUACAUAAUAUUGAAGCAACACAUAACGAAAUACAAGGCAGCUGGUGCGCAUUUCGCUUCACUUUUUGGAUUCCACGUGGAUGAAAAUUAUAAAUACAGACAUUUGAACCAAAAUCAAGUGCCGGUGAAAAGAUUACCUGACGCACUUGUUAUUGGCGUUAAGAAAUGUGGAACUAGAGCUUUACUGGAGUUCCUAAGAUUACAUCCUGAUGUGCGAGCCGCGGGGUCGGAGGUUCACUUCUUCGAUAAAUUUUAUCACAAAGGCUUUGAAUGGUAUAGGGACAGAAUGCCUCCCACUCUUGAAGGGCAGAUUACGAUGGAGAAGACCCCGUCGUACUGGGUGACGAGAUCAGCUCCAAAGCGUGUGUACGCCAUGAACCCUAGCGUCAAACUGUUGGCGGUUGUCCGAGAUCCAGUUACUCGAGCCAUCAGUGAUUAUACGCAGUCAGCCAGUAAAAGACCAUCACUCCCUCGUUUUGAAGACUUGGCCCUGGUGAACAGUUCGGACGGUUGGGGAGGAUCACCAUCAGUAGUAGACGCAUCAUGGCCGCCAGUUAGACUGGGAGUAUAUGCGAGGCCAUUGCGACGCUGGCUGCGAAGGUUCCCGAGAGAAAGGCUUUUGCUAAUCAGUGGGGAGAGAUUGGUAGCUGAUCCUGCAGCUGAAAUGGCAAGAGUGCAGGAAUUCCUGGGCCUGAAACGCGUGAUAACAGAAAAGCACUUCUAUUUCAAUUCUACCAAGGGCUUCCCUUGUUUAUUGAAGUCUGAAAGUCGGUCUACUCCACACUGCUUAGGCAAGACUAAGGGUCGAAGUCACCCAUACAUAGAUCCUAGAAUUCUAGAAAGACUGAGAGACUUCUACAGGCCGUUCAAUGAGAGAUUUUACCAGUUGGCUGGGAUGAACUUCGGAUGGCCUUGAUAUGUUGUGAUUUUGAAUUUUUGCGGUAUACGGAUUGAAGAGAAACUAAUAAUAUGCAAGUGGUAAGAAAUUGGAAGCUUGUAUUAGGUAAUUUACAGGCAUAAUGCACUAUAACAGCCUUACUCAAGGCGCAACUUAUUUUUUCAAAUUCGCCUUUACAAAUCGAGUCCAUAUUUGUAAAUCUUUUUACGCUUACAUACGUAAAUACCGCAACUUCCUAUAAUGUGAUAUUGUUAAUUUAAUAAUAUAAUUUUAACACAUUAAAACUAUUUUGUUGUCACAGUCAAAUUGAGGCUGAAUGUGCCAUAAAAAUGUUGAAUAAUUUUAUUACUAGAUUUUAAUACUCUAUUUUAUGUUAUUGUUUAGUCAAGUUGCAUCGUUAUAAAAUAAGUUCAAAGUUUUAAGUACCUAGUUGCUUCUUAGUUCUAGUCAUCAUUCCUUACUGAAGUGUUCCAUUCAAUAUCAUUUUACGGUGAUCACUUCAUAAUUUAUACGAUUAUGAAGUUCUAUCAUUACGUGUUGUUAAUAUGCUAAUACGCUUAGUAAUUUAGUAGAUAUAAGUAUCUAUGUAUUAUUGUUUAGCAAAACUGACGAGGCCGAGUGGUCGCAAGUGCGACUGCCGGGCAAGGGGUCUCGGGUUCGA